UGACACGCAACGCUGUUUCAACUGGAUAAGCUUAGAAAGCGGCUAUGUACGAAGCUCUAGCGGGCCGAUGGGAGAUCGCUAGCAGAAGAGAGAAGCCAUCUCAGAGACUGACGAUAUUCCCCUUCACUAAACAGCCAGCGCUAAUAGAAAAACCGAGUAUCACGUUUCCAUGGUAACCAGAGACUCUCAUCCUGGUCGGAGCGCACCAAGUACACAGCGAAGAAUUACACGUUUUUAAUUACAUCACCUACUGGGUUGUUUAAGGGUCACUUUUCAUAAUGAAUAAAUAGAGCCCGCGUUUUAUUGAUAUUUUGAGUAUUUUUUUUCCAGGAGUAACGCUACUGAAUCUCAGCCAACCUUUCGUGUUCUCCCCGUGUUGCCUUAAGCUUGGUAUCGCCCAUCGUACCCGGAAGAGACCAUCCUGCUGUAAUGUUAAUGUAGAAGUCUAUGAGACUAAGAGCUCAGUAGGGAGAGCUGUGUGUCAUCCAUCAGCUUAAGACUGCAUUCUCCUUGGAGUGGAAGAGAGACGGUUUGUUUAGUUCAUAUUUUUUAUUAUAUUAUCUACUAGGUAGGGAUUUUUUUUAUAUAUACUGGUUGAGAUUAAAGAACCGGACGCGCAAUUCUUCUAAACUGGACAUUUGACUUGACCCUUUCCAGUGUCGUGAACCCAUUGCGCCACAGCCAGUAAUACCUUCUAUUUUAUUAAGAUGAGUUCUAUCCCAGACUGGGUGCUGUUGUCCUUGAUUGCUGCUUUGAUUGCACUUUUACUUCUUACUUUGUUUGGAGUGGCUGUAUACUCAGGUUUGCUUACAGAGGUGGAGGUACGAGCCGGACCACCGCCCAUCCGCGGUGUGGUCGUGGCUUAUAAGUUUCGCAUUGGACCGUAUGAUGAGAGUGGGAACUUGUACACAGAGAGCGUCAGUCUUGCGCCGAAGUUGGUUUCCAUUGGUGUUUACUAUGACAAUCCGAUGAAGGUACCGGUGGAGUUUUGUAGGUACAUGGUGGGCAGUAUACUCAGCGAGGGAGAUGAAAAGCCUGUACCUGAUCACGUCAGAAUAUUUCGGAAACACGGCUUCAAGUUCUGUGUCCUGCCUGAAGUGAACCAUGCUGUUAUGGCCACCUUUCCUUAUACCACCCCUUUCUCAAUACAGCUGGCGACCACCAGAGUUCACCCAGCGCUGGAGAAAUACGUCAAGGAAAGAAAACUGUGCGCUCAUCCCUAUGUAGAGAUUUACAAAGGGGAUAAGAUUAUCUUCAUGUGCCCACUGUCUCGCCAGGAUGACUUCUAUGUUCCUGAGAUGAAAGAACUUAUAAGGAAAGAGAAAGGACAGCCGAGUCUGCCAGAGUCAGAGCUUGACCCCCUCUUGCCAGAGGAAUUAAUGAGCUUGGAGAUGGUGUCUGAGAGCCCCGAAGAGAUUGAAGGAGAAAGUUCCCAGAAGAAAGAGCACCCCGAUAGCGAGAAGAGUCCCAGCGAGUCUGGCGCAAGCGCUUCCUCUUUUGAAGAACUGGAGUUGGAUGGCAGUGGGUCGGGGGCACAGGGUCAGACAGACGCUAAAAGCAAAUGGAGUGAAGCGCACGAGUCAUGGGAAAAGACCACAGAUGAGAAGUGACGGGUCACUCUUGUCCCUUGGGUCUCAUCUCCUUAAUACUGUGCAGUAGAGUUAAUGCACAGAUCUGUCUUUAUCCACCCAGCGCUUUAUUUCUGCUACGUGUUGUAUUUUCCAGCUCUUCCUUUCAUGUCUCUUUUGCCUAUGUGUCCCGCGUUAGUCGCCUUAUUUUAACCCGUUCUCGUGUUUAUAACAUUUUUAUGUUUUCAUCUUUCUAGAAACACUGCCACUUACUUGAAUAAUGGUCUACAAUAAGGUUCUGUGCAAUCUGGUAAAUAGGCCUGGUAUUUAUAAAUAAAUACUUGAAAAUUGAA